AUGUUCACAGAUUUAUUACUUUAUUGCAUUCUUCCAGUGCUAACAUUAGCACAGAAUGCACUAUUAGAUGAAACAAACGAGUACAGGCAAGACUUAUGGCCUUAUAUGAAUGAUAUGGUACAAUGGCCAAAUGAAUUAUCUAAUGUGCUGUACUACGAUCCACGUUUGAAACGUUGGGCAAGCCAACUGAGAUUCGGUAAACGGGCAAAUUGGGCCAGUAAAGUACGUUUUGGAUGA